UUAAAUUUGGAAGACAGUCCAUAAAGACUCUUUAACAAGUAUACACAGAAAAAUUAUAUAGAAAAAGUCAUUGGAAACUCAAAGCAUCAAAGAAGUGAAAUGAAGGUCUACAUUCUCUGCAUCUGGAUCUUUCUUUCAGAAAUGAGAGGUUCAUCUACAGAUACGUUUGAGAAACAUGGAUACACUGGAGAAACCAUUGAGGUUUCAUGUCAACACAGCUGGGCUUCAACCAACAGAAAGUAUUUCUGCAGAGAUCCAUGUGAAAACAGAGAUGUUCUAGUAUCAUCUGAUCGGUCAUCUAACGGGAGGUUUAGUCUGAAGGAUUUUGGAAAUGGGAUGUUCACAGUGACCAUCACUGAUCUACAGAAGACAGACUCUGGGAUUUACUGGUGUGGAGUGGACAGAACUUUUUCAGACACAUAUCAUGAGAUCAAUCUGACAGUAUUUAAAGACAUUACACCAACUACCACUGAAUUACACACAACUAAACCAUUUCCUACACCAACACCACCACCCGAAUCUCAGUCUGCCACAUCAAGCAGAACGUCCGGAUCUUCAACCACUGAUGACAUCACACAAUCACCCUCAAUGUCAGUGUCUGUAAACAUCUGGCUGUAUGCUGUUGGUGGUCUGAUCGCAGUCAUGAUACUUGUAUGUGGACCGGUUGCUGUUUGUCACUACAGGAAGAUAGUCAAGACAUCAUCAGCGACACCACUCGACUACAAUGAAGCUAAAGUUGAGGAGGCUAAUGUAUAUGAAAAUGCUCUUCAAGACACACAGAACAUCAAACAGAUGAAGUUGAAGUCUAAAGUCCAAAAGAGCCAAUCACCUUCAGUCUAUGAGAAUGUAGAGCUCAAGCCGGGCCAUUCAGAUGUCAUGUAUGGAAAUCUUUGAUCCGAGCAUCAAGAACAAGAUUCUGAUAAGAGUACUGGUCUAAAAUGACCAAAGUGAUUCAUAUUUCCUAUAUCACAUUUCCUACAAGAGAUUUAAAUGAAUCACAAUGAAAACAAAAAUAUAUUUUGUUUAUAAAUACCUGCACAUAGAUGUCAACCCGUUCAUCUCACCUACACUUAGUACGCUACACAUUAUUAAGAUAUAAGGCUCAGUUCAUCAGUGGCUGUUGAACUCUAGUAAGAAGGCUACUUUAUUCACUUUAAAUGAAGUGAUUUUCUUUAAUGUAGUUGAUGCUGAUUCAUUAAUAAAUUAGUUGUUGCAAAAAAGGUUGUUACCGAUUUAUUUUUCCAUGAAUCUGCUAUGUUAACGAAUAAAACAUUACUUCGCUAGUUAACAUUUGCUUGUUUACAAUAGCUCGUUGCAUAGGACGUCACACACUGCAAGUAACACGAUGAAGCCGUUUCCCAUGCAUUGUUUUAUUUGUGGCGAUAUGGCAUGAUGUUAACAUUCACGGCCACAAUCAGCCACCGAUUCUGACAUCAGAUUGUUAGGGGAUCCCCAACAGC